UUUCGGUUCACGGGUAGGGUAUGUCGUGGCUUUGCCUGGUUGUAAACAACCGUUAUCGUUGGUGCAAUAGGGAACACAUUCCACGGGGGCCAUAGAAACGCGUAGUGCAAUUGGUUGCAGCAGUUCUGUUCGUUCGGAAAACUACCUUCUCGGUAGUGCGUCACAGGCACAUAGCAGAUUUUCUGCGUGCCCUCGUUCCUCGGGUGAAACUAACGACCCCCGGACGGCGUGCGGUACACGUGAAGGCCCAGCGGUUGCCGUACGGGGCGAUCCGAUGCAUGCGGGUGGUCGUCGUAGCGGACAGCACUACCGCGCUCACUAACACAGUCGCCACCAUCGCUGGAUUACAUCCGCUGUGUCUCGGUGCUCGGUUGCCAGUUCCAAACCACCUCUAGCGGCGAUGUACCUGGCGGACCAUCGAUGUUAACAUCCAGUGGGUUCCUUUUAUCGACCCCCCAGCGUGCACUGACAAGUACCGUAAUUAUUGUUUUUCGUUAGUACCCCGCGACCUGGGUCGUGGUCAUCUCUUCCAUCUCCGCCAAAUCACCACCACCACCCUUCCAUCCAAUCGCAAUGGCCGGCAACGACACGACGUUCAUCUUUCAGUUCGGCAACCUGCGCGACAUUGUCACGGUCGAGUCGAGCACACUGACGCUCAAGACGCUCAAGGAGCUGGCGUGCGAGUUUAUCAACAACAAGAUACCAGAAAAUGGGUUGAACCGGCUGCCGGAGCGGCUGCUCCUUUUUCGCCACGACUACGACUCGCACAACGUGCUGCAGAUGGUAACGGCGGCGUCGGAGAUAGUGGACGAAACGCUCGUCGAGAUUGUUCUUACUGCCAACCAAACAUUGCUUCCACCCGCCAUCGGUGGCCCAGCCAUGAUGCAGCAGCAGCGAAGUAGCAACAACAACGUGACUCACCUUGCUCAAGACGAAAUACCACUGGUGCGGCCGCACGCACUCAACGUGCACUCCUACAAAGCGCCCACGUUCUGCGACUUCUGCGGCGAGAUGCUGUUCGGGCUGGUGCGCCAGGGCCUGAAGUGUGACGGCUGUGGCCUCAAUUAUCAUAAGCGUUGUGCUAUCAAAGUGCCAAAUAACUGUAGUAGAGUAGAACACACCGGCAUCCUACAGCAGCAGCAGCAGCAGAGCAAUGGAAGCGGUGGCGGUAGCAGUGGCCGCCGUUCGGGCUCGGCUGGCGGCGGGGGCCUGCUGUCGUCGAUGACCGCCGCCGUCAUACCGGCGCGCAGCCCUUCCGGUGGCUCCAGCAACUCGCUCGCCUCCGACGAGACGGCCGGCGCCGGAACAAUGCUGUAUUCGUCCGGCGGUGUGUCAAACAAUCGUCAGAGCCGAUCGUCGUCGCUGACGAGUCGCGGAGGGACCAUUGGCAUGAGUGGCGGCAGCAGCCAGUCCAUCAAGAUCCCGCACAGCUUCUCGAUUCACACGUACACGCGGCCGACCGUGUGCCACCACUGCAAGAAGCUGCUGCGCGGGUUGUUCAAGCAGGGCGUCCAGUGCCGGGACUGCCACUACAAUGCGCACAAGAAGUGCAUCGAGAAGGUGCCAAAGGACUGCACGGGCGAGAACACGCAGCCGGCGGACCCGCACGACGAUCGCAGCCUAUCGAGCGACCGCGAGCUGAUGUACAAGGACGACCCGGAGGACGAGAGUAGUGAUUUCGAUGACAACCCGUUCUCGGGCGGUGGAUCCGGUAGCGGAUCCGGCAGGCGCAGUGGUGGCAGUGCGCCGAUGACCUCAGCUGGGAUGUGUUACAGGGGCGAGACGGCGAAGGGUGGCUCGGAAGCGUCCGGGUCGUCGUCGGGCGAAACGUCGGAGGAGCACACGGCGAUGGGCAAGACGGCGGCGAUGAACGGUGGAUGUCCAGUGGCAUCGCCCUCGUACCACCUGCUCGGCGCCGGGGACGGCGGGGACCACCGGCUGGAGGUGAUCUGCGAGCAGCAAUCCCGCCAGUCGUCGAGCAACUCGUCGUCGUCGCCGAGCGCCAACAUCCCGCUGAUGCGUAUCGUCCAAUCGGUGAAGCACACGAAGCGCCGGGACGGGCGGGCAAUGAAGGAGGGCUGGCUGGUGCACUUCACCAGCAAGGAGAAGACGGUGCGGCGCCACUACUGGCGACUCGACUCAAAAGCAAUCACGCUGUUCGUGUCGGACCAGGGUAGCAAGUACUACAAGGAGCUGCCGCUGAACGAAAUCGUGGCGGUGGAGGCGGCGCGCACGCUGCAGGGCGAGGUGUUGCACUGCUUCGAGAUCCGCACGGCGACAGUGGACUACUAUGUCGGGCAGGACCCGCUGUACAAUGUGAAGCAUCCGGCGGAUCCGAUGCUGGCGCUCCCGCCGCCCGACAGCGGCAUCGGAGCGUACCUGGCCAAGAGCUGGGAGACGGCCAUCCGGCAAGCGCUGAUGCCGGUGCAGACGGGGACGGCCCGGGCGGCCGAGUCGCCGGGUAGUGCGGGCGAGCCGGAGGAGCGCAUCACUGACAUGAGCCAGCUGUACCAGAUCUUCCCGGACGAGGUGCUCGGCUCCGGCCAGUUCGGCAUCGUGUACGGCGGUGUGCACCGGAAGACGCACCGAUCGGUCGCAAUCAAGGUAAUCGACAAGCUGCGCUUCCCGACCAAACAGGAGGCGCAGCUUAAGAACGAGGUCGCCAUUCUUCAAAAUCUGUCGCACGCCGGCGUUGUCAACUUGGAGCGGAUGUUUGAGACGCCCGAGCGCAUCUUCGUCGUGAUGGAAAAGCUGAAGGGCGACAUGCUAGAGAUGAUCCUGUCGCACCAGAACGGCCGGCUGAACGAGCGCGUCACUAAGUUCUUGAUCACACAGAUACUCGUUGCGUUGAAGUACCUGCACAGUCGUAACAUCGUGCACUGUGAUUUGAAGCCAGAGAACGUGCUGCUGUCGUCGGACAACGAGUUUCCGCAGGUGAAGCUGUGCGAUUUCGGAUUCGCCCGCAUCAUCGGCGAAAAGUCGUUCCGUCGAUCGGUGGUCGGUACGCCCGCAUACCUCGCGCCGGAAGUGCUGCGCAACAAGGGCUACAAUCGCUCGCUGGACAUGUGGAGCGUGGGCGUGAUCAUCUACGUCAGCCUCAGCGGAACGUUCCCGUUCAACGAGGACGAAGAUAUCAAUGAUCAGAUCCAAAACGCAGCGUUCAUGUAUCCACCGAACCCGUGGAAGGAGAUUUCCUCCAACGCGAUCGAUCUGAUCAACAACCUGCUGCAGGUGAAGCAGCGGAAGCGAUUCACCGUGGACAAGAGUCUGCUGCACUGCUGGCUGCAGGAUCUGCAGACGUGGAACGAUUUGCGCACGUUGGAGUCGCAGGUCGGCCUGCGCUACCUGACCCACGAGUCAGACGACGCACGCUGGGCGUUGACGGCCGGUAGCGGUCCAUGACCACCAGGGUCCUCGCAGCAGCACGACAACGCCGACGCCGGUGGCGCCAACGACCGCGACAACGACGACGAAGAAAACGACCGUCAUCCGCCGCUAGCCUUCAUCGAGGAAUCCUCAUCGUCUUCCCCGGUCACGGACGAGCCGUCGUCGGCCACCACGGCACCGAUCCCCCGGCUGACCUCCGCCGGCUACUACAGCCCGGCGGGGCCCGGCAAAUCGUUCAGCCCGAACCAACCGUCGCUGCUGUUCAACGACUUUCGCGGCAAGGCCUACCGCUGGGUGCGCGGCCGAUUCUGUCGGUUUGCGAAGGCCUAAAGCAUUGCUCGAAUCGAAUCCACUUCCAGUGUAAUCUCCGUCGAAACCAUUUGUUGAUAUUGACGCCGCUCAUCUGACUCCUACUUCCUUAAAAAAACAACAAAACAAAUUUACCUUAAAACACGUACGCGAAACGAAACGUACGCAACUAAUGCUCUCCCUAAACCAGGGAACCACGAGUACAGAAAUACUUACAUCACGUAAAGCUCGUAUAUAUUGUAGAUUACAAAUUUUCCAAAACUGUGAAAAACUACGUGGUUGUUGACACUCCAACGUAGGCCACCGGGUUGGCGAAAUCCAUCCGUGGUUGAAUUCGAACGAAUGCGGGGUUAGGCUGUAAGUUUUGUCUAUAUUUUUUAAUCUUUCUAAUCGCCCCAUGAACUCUGCUCGAAGCGUAGCGCUAGUUUUUAUGUCUAGUAAAGUAGUUUUUUCUCCUUCACUUACGUGCAUUUAAACACGCUCACCAUCCAUUCAUCCAUUGACGAGCGUCGUCACCCCUUUUCGAUUCAAACUUGCUGGAUAUCAGGAGGUUCAACAUCGUUUUCCACAUUUUAUGUUUUUGUUUACGGAAUUAACGGAACCAUUUUUGGUCCUUGGCGUCGGACGCACCUCAACAAUCUCUGACACACGGCGGUGCUCGGGUAAUCUUUGAAAUAAUAUUGGACUAUAUACAACUAGAACCGUAGGAUCAUUCACACUCCUGUUACGCGUAGGUUAGGUCUGCAUGCAGAACACAAAAAAAAGAACAUCAACGCACAAGAUUCGUCUGCAAGAAGGUUUGAUUGGAUGUAUUAACGCUAUGUGAUGUCUACACUAUGGAUUCCGUUCUUUUUACCCACGUUGGUUGUUGUUAAAUACAUUCCUUCAUUUUUUAUUAUACUGUA